AUGCGUGUUGAAGGACAGCGCUUCUCCGAAAUCAACGCGGUCAGCCAAUCUACGAAGAAUUCACCUAAAAAGAAAGGACAUCCAAUGCAUACCAUAGGAUUUUUUAACGCCUCACUUGGCUACAAAGACUGUAUGAUAAAAGCACAAGUCAUCGUACUUGAUCGUCCAGAAACUGCACUACUCAGCUCUCAAGCAAUAGAUGAGCUUGGCUUAAUUACCUACGAUACAGGAGUCGUCGGAAAUCUGCAAACGAUGAAUACGAUUACGGUAAAUUCAUUUCAUAAACAAUUCACAGAACUUUUUAGUAGUUCCACAGGAGAAUGCACCAAGAUGACAGUUCAUCUACGGCUUAAACCAGAUGCGAAACCGAAACAUAUUCCACGACGUCCGAUCGCACUUGCAUUAGAAGAACCAGUCAAUGAGGAACUGGAUAGACUCGUUAAAAAUGGAAUUUUAACGCCAGUCGACUUUUCGGAAUGGGCGGCGCUCAUAGUAGUUGCACACUACUCUACAGGAUUAAAUGACGCACUUGACGCGGAGGAUUAUCCAAUCCCAGAGAUAGAGGAACUUAUAGCAAAACUUCGAGGAAGUUCUAUCUUCUCACAACUAGAUUUAUCUGAUGCUUAUUUCCAUCUAAGACUGGAUGAGGAAAGUAAGAAGCUAACUACAAUAAAUAUUCAUCGAGGUUUAUUUGCUUACAAUCGGUUGGUUUUUGGAUUAAAACCAGCUCCUGCAAUUUUCCAACGUACGCUGGAACAGGCACUUACAGGUAUUCCAGGCGUACUCGUCUAUCUUGAUGAUAUUCUGAUUUAUGGUCAGGAACGCACAGAGCACGAUACGCGUUUACACGCCGUGCUAAACCGCUUGCAAGAAUGGGCUAAAGGUAUUGAGCCUGACCCAGCACGUCUUCGACCUAUUCAAACAAUGCGAGCUUCGACGAAUACAAAAGAGAUACGUUCGUUUUUAGGUCUGAUUAAUUACUACGGGAAAUUUGUACCAAAUUUGCAUCGACUCAAAGCACCAUUCAAAGCUUUGAUCAAGAAAGAUGUACCUUUGUGUGGACAGCAAAAAUGA